AUGCCGCUUUGUCAUCUUCCGCGUACCUUGUUGACAACCCCACCAAGUGACGACCGAUCUCCAGUACAAAGGCGGACACCACAACCACAGAUACGCCCAGCAUGGUACUUAUACAUCCUCAAAUCUGACCAGAUUACCCUACUAACCUCCCAACAGUCUCAAUCACUCCGCCCCUACCUCCAAUGCGUGCGCUCCUCCCUAACCUCCGCCCUCUGCCUCUCCAACUUCGCAUCGCAAACCUCAGAACGUCACAAUGUCCCAGAAAUCGAGGCGCAGACUUCCCCCGAAGUCCUACUCAACCCUCUGACUGUCGCGCGUAACGAAAACGAACGAGUCCUGAUCGAGCCGAGCAUCAACAGCGUUCGCAUAAGCAUUAAGAUUAAGCAGGCAGACGAGAUUGAGCAUAUUCUUGUGCACAAAUUUACGAGGUUCUUAACGCAGAGAGCGGAGGCGUUCUUUAUCUUGCGGAGAAAGCCAGUGAAGGGAUAUGAUAUUUCGUUUUUGAUUACGAACUUCCAUACCGAGGAGAUGCUAAAGCAUAAACUGGUGGACUUCAUAAUUCAGUUUAUGGAGGAAGUCGAUAAGGAGAUCUCGGAGAUGAAGCUUUUCUUGAAUGCACGGGCAAGAUUUGUUGCGGAGUCUUUCUUGACACCGUUUGAUUAA